UCUCUUUCAGUUUGGUCUACUACUUCUGAGUUGCUAGUGGUCUCAACACGUAAUUAUCUCGGGCCCCACACCCCCCUCUUUUCUUUGUCCUACCCUUUAGUAUCUAUAAUAUGGGGCUUAGUGGAGAAUUGAAUGCUCUUAAAUGAUAAAGCAGACCAGCGCCUGUUGAAAGGGAAUCAAUUUACAUCUUGUAAGAUCUCAAUCCUAGUUCCUCAUCUUUCCUGCAUCUUACAAGAUGACCGCUUCUUCCCACAUCGAGAACUAUGACCAGUCCACGUACUGGACAUCUACAGCUCGGAACUUCCGUUCUUCUGCCCGCCUUCAUCUCCAGCACCUUUUAUAUCAAAGCACCCUCGGCUAUCUCCUAGAGCCCGCUGUCGAGAAGGCCGUGGCCACCACCCAGCAGCCUCUCAAAAUCGCUGACCUCGCCUGUGGCAAUGGUGUCUGGCUGAUCGAUUUACACACCCAAUUGGCGAAGAAAAACAUCACCGCCCAACUGGAUGGCUUUGACAUCAACCCCAUCAACUUCCCGGCAGCUGCCUACCUGCCCGCCUCUAUCUCACUGCAGCAGCUCGACAUCCUCGCCAAGCCCUUUCCCGCCCACCUCCUCGGCACCUACGAUGUAGUGCACAUCCGCGCCUUUUCCAGCAUAGUGUCAGGCUCCAACCUCACCCCCAUCCUCUCCGUGGCCUCAUCCCUUCUGAAGCCCGGUGGCUACCUGCAGUGGGAAGAAAACCGCGGCGACCUCUUGAUUGUCGAGGCCCCAGCCCCACAUAUCUCCACGGAAGCCUGCGACCGUGUCGUACAGGUGCUUAAGGGCGGGUUCAAAGCGAAGGGCAUGAGCAAUGACUGGAUCGAUGAGCUCGAUACCCACCUGGCGCAGUUUGGGCUGCAGGAUACGCGUCUUCUUGCUCACGAUAAGCGCAAACAGGACUACAAAGCCUGGACUGAGGAUUACUUGAUGGUGUGGGAAGAAUUGACUGCCUUGUUCCCACCUAAAGCUGAUGCUCCUAAUGCGCCGCUGUCUCGUGAGGCCUGGGUUGCUAUGUUCGCCGCUGCAGUUAAGGAAACUGAGGAGGGGGUCGUUGUACACCAGCGACGGAUUUUGACAGCCGUGGGGAAAAAGCCAGUGGCGUGAAUUGUUGGGAUGUCUCUUUUUGCCUGACACUGUAAUGUCUUCUUUUUUUUUAAAAUCGCCAGAAAAUGAGUUCCGUACCAAUAGUGCCAUUCAAAC